AUUCAAAACCAAAAAUGGCGGAGGACGAAGGAAGGGAAAGGCAAGCGAAGAAAAGGGGAGGGAGAGUGGCCAUUCUAACGCCAUCAGAGAAGAAAAGAAGGAAGAGAGAGUAUGACAAGAAACUGGCGAGAAGUAGGAUUUACAUCGGAGGUGCAAUUGAGAGAUGGAGAAGUCUUCGAGAACAGACGAAAGCACAGUCGGACGAAGAAAUGGCGAAAAUUUUGCUGGAACGGUAAAGAAAUGUAUCUUUGAAAGAUUCUUUCCAAAAUGAGAUUUGAAAAUGUAGGAGCAUUUGAGGAAAUGCAGACAGUGCACACCUCCAUGGCCAUGGAAAGUUCAACUUCAGUAGCUUCAUCCAUCAAAGUUGGAUCAAAAACCAAAAAAUGUGACAGAACACCAGCCGUGUCAGAGAUCUCGGCUGGAUCUGAACACUUAUCCACUGACACCUCAGUGCAAGACUCAGAUGGGGAUACAACAAAUUCAGAGAAUGAGGAGGAGGACUCGGACUAUCCACGAGGUUUUGAUGCUGCAGCAAUACUACCAGAUUAUGUGAACAGUAUGGCAGAAAAUGUCGCAUAUGAAGAGGCUGAGUUUGGUUUUGGGUUGCCUGGCAAUGAUGGUCAGCUAGAAGGUCCGGACAUUGAGAUGGAAGUUCUUCCUGGCGUCCACAGAGUGUCCACAGAGGAAGAAUGCAGUGAAUUGACAUCAGCUAUGAAAUGUAUUGCAUUUGUCAGUCAGAUAAAGGAGUUGACAAAUAUCUGUGUGCCACAAUGCAAGGAACAUUCCUGCAGAAAAUCUACAUGGAUAGAAGAGUCUUUUUUUGGAUCAGCGCUGUACUUGAAAUGGAUCUGUGAAGAGGGCCAUGUAAGUCACCACUGGUGUUCACAGCCUCAGUUAAACCGACGGCUACAUAGUGGAGACUUCCUAAUUUGUGGUUCCAUCCUGACCUCUGGAAAUAAGUACAGGAAAAUGGCAUUGUGGGCAGAAAUGUUAAAACUGAAAUUUCCAUCUGCAGACCAGUUUCACAGGAUUUGCAGGACAUAUAUUAUUCCAACCAUUGACAAUUUCAGGAGUGAUCACCAGAAAGAGCUCUUGAAUAACUGCAAGGACAGAGAUGUUGUAGUUUUAGGAGACGGAAGAAAUGAUUUUCCAGUCCACUGAGCACAAUAUUGGUGCUUCACCUUUAUUGACAUUGAGAUCAAAGAUCAUUGAAAGCCUAGGUAAAGGAUGACUGAUAGGAAAGAAGUCUGUCAACAUGGAAAAUGCAGGAUUUCAAAUUACAAUCAGUGGCCUGAAAGAGGAUUUAAGGUGAUAGAAGUGGUGGCAGAUACACAUGAGAAUGAGAGAAACAGUUCCCAAAUAUUCAUCGUUCCCAUGGUAUUUGACAUGUUUGAAAUGUGAAGAAUUUGGGGAAUAGAUUUUGAAGGUGCUCUAAAAAGGAAUAGGAUAUUGCUAGACUGGUGCAAGGACGUCAACCACUUUUGGUUCACGUGUUGUCCUUCUGAGACAUGAGUUUAGGAUAAGUGGUACCAUAUUGCAUUUAACAAAAAAGUGGGAGCAUGUUAUGCCAGCAAGAAGGUAUGCAGCUACAUGUACAUAUUUCUCUUAGUCAACGCAUUGCAAAUUUGGAUUCACGAUAGGAGUUGGAAUGAAGAAGACUGUUGGCAUCAGAUGAUCCUCAUUUGAUGAGAAGCGUUUGGAACCACAAGCAAAUCGAGCUCGUUCGACAGCAGAAGUCGAGAUUCAGAAACUGUGAACAAAAUGAAUGUGUGAACUUAGUGCUUUGUAUGCUGUUUAUCAGGUAAUUUUGGCAUCAGGAAUAUAUAGUGGAUUUUACUGGACGAAGUUGUUUGAAAUCAGUCUCAUUUGACAAAUGAAUCGUAUGAGAUCAAAAAUGUUGUGGGGCAUUCAUUUUUGGGGAAUUUUUCUCAUCCAUCAAAAUCACCAACAUAAUCAAAAUCACUGUGCCAAAAUUACCUGAUGUACGAUAUAUUGUAGAGAUAUUUACUUAAAAUUGAAUUCAAUAAAAUCUACUUCUGUCUUAACCUUGUAACAAAAUAUUGUUGCAAAUUCAAUAUUAUUGUACAUCUAAAUUAGUUUCAUUAAAAACUUUAAAAAAUAAAAAUAAAUGAACAAUA